UUUCAGAUUUCGUAUUUGUUCAAUUUCAUAUCCAAAGCUUGAUGCUUUGGGAACUACGAUUCUCUUUCGCAAGCCACUGUAUACAGAACAACUCUACUUGACGUAGCCACUUCAACUGCAUCUGAAUCUUCAACCUUUGUUCUGAACAAUCGAAGAAACCCAGAAAUGAGAAGCUUUUGCAGUUAUCUUCUUUUUGUUUUCUCGAUUCAUGUACUGUUCUCGGUCACCGGCAAUGGCUACACAGAUGUUGAAGUUCUGUUGAAGCUCAAGUCUUCGAUGAUUGGACCCAAAGGUUCGGGACUUGACGACUGGGAAUUCUCUUCGUCUCCCUCAGCGCAUUGUUUUUUCUACGGUGUUGAAUGCGACGAGGAGUUCAGUGUUGUUGCUUUGAAUGUGUCAUUUGCUCCUCUCUUUGGCAUCAUUCCUUCUGAAAUUGGGCUUCUUUACAAGCUCGUCAACCUCACUAUUUCGUCCGAUAGUCUUACCGGGAAGAUUCCGAUGGAGAUGGCGAAUUUAACUUCUCUUAAGACACUCAACAUCUCCAACAAUGUCUUCCAAGGCAGUUUCCCUGGUGAAAUACUUACAGGGAUGACUCAGCUUGAGAUUCUCGACGCUUACAAUAAUAACUUCACCGGUGUUCUUCCCAUGGAGGUCGUCAAUCUCAAGAUUCUCAAGCAUUUAUCUUUCGGCGGCAACUUUUUCAGCGGCGAGAUACCGGAGAAAUACUCCGAGAUUCAGAGCUUGGAGUAUUUGGGUCUUGAUGGCAUCGGUUUAACAGGGAAAAGCCCAGCUUUUUUGUCUCGUUUAACGAAUCUGAAAUACUUGGCAAUUGGAUACUUCAACGCCUAUGAUGGGGGGAUUCCAUCUGAGUUUGGUUCAUUGAGUCAACUCGAGCUUCUCGACAUGGCAAGCUGUAAUCUAACCGGUGAGAUUCCGUCGAGUCUGGGAAAUUUGAAACGCUUACACUCAUUGUUUCUUCAACUCAACCGACUCAAUGGCCGUAUCCCUUCUCAACUAUCUGGUUUAGUCGGCUUGAAAUCGCUUGAUCUUUCCAUGAAUGGACUUACAGGCGAGAUACCAGACACUUUCUCUGAUUUGCAGAACAUUACACUUAUAAAUCUGUUCAAGAACAAUCUCUACGGUUCAAUUCCAUCAUUUGUAGGUGAUUAUCCUCAUCUUGAAGUGUUUCAAGUGUGGGGAAACAACUUCACCUUUGAAUUACCGGAGAAUCUAGGCCGCAAUGGGAAGCUUUAUAAGCUUGACGUUGCUUCGAAUCAUCUAACUGGGUUGAUUCCAAGGGAUUUAUGUAAAGGAGGAAAGUUGGAGACUUUGAUUAUGAUGGAAAAUUUCUUCUUUGGCCCACUACCUGAAGAACUCGGCGCCUGUAAUUCCCUUACAAAGAUUCGUAUUAUGAAAAAUCUUCUCAAUGGAACUAUUCCAGCUGGGAUUUUGAACUUGCCAUCGUUGAGUAUGAUCGAGUUAGGUGACAAUUUUUUCUCCGGUGAGCUUCCGUCGCAUAUGUCCGGUGCUUCACUUGGUCAGUUGAAAGUUUCAAACAAUUGGAUCACUGGUAAAAUUCCUGUGUCGAUCGGCAAUUUGAGUAGUUUGCAGGUUUUGUCUCUUGAAAUGAACAAGUUUUCAGGUGAAAUCCCUGAAGAGAUCUUUAAUACCGAGUUGCUUUCGAAGAUCAACAUCAGUGACAACAAUCUUACUGGUGAAAUCCCAUCAUCGGUCUCUCGAUGUACUUCGCUUACGUCAAUUGAUUUCAGUCGAAACAGUCUCACCGGUGAAAUCCCAAACGGGAUUGAGAAGCUUAAAGAUUUAAGCAUUCUCAAUUUCUCGAGAAACCAGCUGACUGGUGAAAUACCUGGUGAAAUCCGUAACAUGAUAAGCCUUACAACUCUUGAUCUCUCGUACAACGAUUUCGUCGGCAGAAUCCCCGUUGGUGGCCAAUUUUUAGUGUUCAACGAUAGCUCGUUUGCCAGUAACCCCGACCUCUGUCCACCGGGCCACCUUUCUUGUCCGGCAUUGAUAAAUAAAGCUGGAGGUUCAAGUCAUGGUCAUGCAGUUUACUUCACUGCGUCAAAGCUCAUAAUCACAAUCAUCACGUUAGUCACUGGUUUGUUGUUGAUAUUUGUCACGGUUUACAGAAUUAGAACGAAGAGGCUCCAAAAAUCACGAGCGUGGAAGCUCACUGCAUUCCAAAGGCUCGAUUUUGGAGCCGAGGAUGUCCUUGAGUGCCUGAAGAACGAGAAUGUUAUAGGGAAAGGCGGAGCUGGGAUUGUCUACCGUGGUUCCAUGCCUGAUGGUCUCGAUGUGGCGAUUAAAAGAUUGGUGGGUGGUGGAGCUGGAAGAAACGAUCAUGGGUUCUUGGCGGAGAUUCAAACCCUGGGUCGAAUCAGGCACCGAAACAUAGUGAGACUGUUGGGUUAUGUUUCGAACAAAGACACGAAUCUGUUGUUGUAUGAGUACAUGCCUAACGGGAGCUUAGGAGAAAUGUUGCAUGGGGCAAAGGGUGCACAUUUGCAAUGGGAAAGAAGGUAUACGAUUGCCGUGGAAGCCGCCAAGGGACUUUGUUAUCUUCACCAUGACUGCUCGCCAUUGAUUGUACACAGGGAUGUGAAGUCAAACAACAUAUUGCUUGAUGAAGACUACGAGGCUCAUGUUGCCGAUUUUGGGUUGGCUAAGUUCUUGCAAAAUACUGGUGCUUCUGAGUGCAUGUCCUCCAUUGCCGGUUCAUAUGGUUACAUCGCCCCAGAGUACGCCUACACACUGAAGGUCGACGAGAAAAGCGACGUGUACAGUUUUGGUGUCGUGCUGUUGGAGCUGAUUGCAGGGAGAAAACCUGUAGGGGAAUUUGGAGAUGGUGUGGACAUUGUGAGGUGGGUGAGGAAGAUCACAUCAGAACAACCCGAACCAUCGGAUCCUGCUUCGGUGUUGGCGAUUGUUGAUCCCAGGCUAAGUGAAUAUCCACUAGUGGCGGUCACCCAUCUGUUCAAGGUAGCCAUGAUGUGCGUCGAGGACGAGACUUCUACAAGGCCAGCCAUGAGAGAAGUUGUUCAAAUGCUCACCAAUCCGCCACAAUCUGCCCCAAUGUCGAGGCCGAGCCUCCUCACCUUUUGAUGCUCAAUGGCUGAUCAAUCAAGUUCACGGGCCUUGAUUCUAGCCCAUAAUGUUCAUAUUAGAAUUAUCUUCUGCCAUUUAUCAUAUAUACCAAGAAUCUGAACUGGA